CUGAUACAACUCAAACCCUUUAAUUCUCUCUCUUCCCUUUCCCGAGUUCCAGUACUCGGUGCAGCUUCUCUGUGUGCGCGUACGGUGUUGUCUGUGCAGUGAGCUCCGAAGUUAGGGUUUUCACUCUCUCUCUCUCUCUGAUCACCUUCUUGAAUCAAACAUGCAACAGGGUGGGGGUUCAGAGACGGAGGUGACAUGGGAGGAUCAACAGAACAUCAACAAAUUUGGUAGAUUAAACAACCGAUUUCACGAACUCGAGGAUGAGAUCAAGAUCGCUAAGGAAACGAAUGAGAAUCUCGAGGAUGCAAGCAACGAAUUGAUUCUCACUGACGAGGAAGUGGUCCGUUUCCAGAUAGGGGAGGUUUUCGCUCACGUGCCUAGGGAAGAAGUGGAGAACAGAAUAGAGCAGAUGAAAGAGGUAACUAGCAAGAACUUGGAGAAGCUGGAAGAAGAGAAGGACUCUGUACUUGCUCAGAUGACUGAGUUGAAGAAGAUUCUGUAUGGAAAGUUCAAGGAUUCAAUCAAUCUAGAGGAGGAUUAAGUUUGUCAAAAUGAAUCAUGCUUGUUUUUAUGGUUACUUGGUGAGGAUUAAGUUUGUCAAAAUUGGUGACUUGGGACAGUUUUUGAAGCUUUCAUGUAAAAAACGUGGAAUUUUUAUGGGGUUUCUCAGUUUCUGGGACUUGAUCCCGGGCUGGUGACAUGGCUUGAUCCAAAGGUCAUAUGCUUUUACCACUGCGCCAGUUAUGUUAAUCAAAAUGUGCAUUUUGGCAUCAUAACAUA